UAAAUUAAGGCACCCCCCAAAGCAAAACAACUCCAAGCCUCCAAAACCCUCAUGAGAAUCCAAGUCUAGUAGAAAAGAUCAGGAAGAGGGAUAGAACACAAGUCUCGUGCAAACCAAACAGCAUGUGCAAUACCGCGCCCUCCGCUCCGCUCUCUUCCUCCACCAAAAAGACCAACCUCUUAAUGCACGAACACUCGGAAGAGGACCUCCAAAGAUGGCCUACUCUCCGCGAGGUGGUAGAGGAAAUGAGAGCUAUAGGAAAGAUAUCGAUCCCCACAGCUGCAACUGGUCUGGUCCUCUAUUCUCGUGCCAUGAUCUCGAUGCUCUUCCUCGGCUACCUUGGUGAUCUCGAGCUCGCAGGUGGCUCCCUCUCCAUCGGCUUCGCCAACAUCACCGGCUACUCGGUCCUGGCAGGCCUUGCCAUGGGCAUGGAGCCCAUAUGUGGGCAGGCCUAUGGUGCCAAGCAGCGCAAGCUCCUGGGCCUCACCCUCCAAAGAACCAUUCUCCUCCUCCUCUCUGCUUCCCUUCCUAUCUCCUUCCUUUGGCUCAACAUGAAGAGAAUUCUGCUAUGGUGCGGCCAGGAUGAGAAAAUCUCCUCCACCGCCCACACCUUCAUCAUCUUCGCUGUCCCGGACCUCAUCCUCCUCUCCUUCCUCCACCCUCUUAGAAUCUAUCUCAGAUCGCAGAAUAUAACCUUGCCGGUCACCUACUGCUCCUUCAUCUCCGUCUUCUUCCACGUCCCGUUAAACUACCUCCUCGUCGUGCACCUGAGAAUGGGCAUCGCUGGUGUGGCCUUGGCAAUGGUCUGGACUAAUCUGAAUCUCUUCCUUUGCUUGCUUCUCUUCAUACUUGUCUCUGGAGUCUACAGGGACUCAUGGGUCAGCCCCAGUGCCGACUGUCUCAAAGGGUGGUCGGCGCUGCUCAGGCUCGCCGUGCCGACCUGCGUCUCGGUGUGCCUCGAAUGGUGGUGGUACGAGUUCAUGAUAAUGCUGUGCGGCCUGUUGGUGAACCCCAAGGCCACCGUGGCAUCCAUGGGAAUACUGAUCCAGACGACGGCCCUGGUCUAUGUCUUCCCCUCGGCACUCAGCCUUGGGGUGUCCACCCGAGUGGGAAAUGAGUUAGGAGCAAAUCGGCCGGCCAAUGCCCAGAGAGCUACAAUUGUGUCCUUGGCCUGCGCACUUGUCCUCGGACUAAUGGCCAUGGCGUUCACGACCUCGAUGAGGCACCGGUGGGGGAGGCUGUUCACCAAGGAUGAGAAUAUUUUGGAGCUCACCGCGGUGGCCCUGCCAAUCGCCGGACUCUGCGAGCUCGGCAACUGCCCGCAGACGACCGGUUGCGGUGUGCUGAGAGGGAGUGCAAGGCCGACCACUGGGGCUAAUAUUAAUUUGGGCUCAUUCUACUUGGUCGGGAUGCCGGUCGCCAUUUUGAUGGGGUUCGUCGCCGGCAUGGGCUUCGCCGGCCUGUGGUUGGGACUGCUUGCGGCGCAGGCAUCAUGUGCGACGUUAAUGGCGUAUGCGCUCAUUAUGACGGAUUGGAAGGUGGAGGUGGAGAGAGCUAAGGAGCUGACAAAGGCUUCUAAUUCUUCUUCUACUGCUACCCUUCCUAUAACUAAUGAUUCUAAUGGCAAUGGCAUUGCUAUUCCAGCUUCUAAUUAUCAAGAUGGCAAGAAGCCAGCUAAUUUGGAAGAGAUUCUGUGCACUGAAGAUGAUGGCAAGAGUGCUCCUUCGGAGACAGAUCCUCUCAUUUCUGCGAAAUGAGUGGGAGUUGGAGAUCUUUUUGAUGGGGUUUUUUUGGAGUGCCUUUCCCCUUAUUUGUUUUCGGCUUGUUUUUAUUACUCUAAUCUCAUGUAUUUAGUUGACACUAUAGAUAUGAAACUAUUUUUCCAUUUUUG